AUGGGGAACGUACUGACCUGUUGUGUGUGCCCCAAGGACAGCCCUGAGUUUGACCAGCCGCAGGGGUCAGUGUGCCCCUCUAAGUCCGACAUCUAUGAGGCAGGAGCUGGGGACAGGAUGGCAGGAGCUGGGGACAGGAUGGCAGGAGCUGGGGACGGGAUGGCAGGGGUGCCUAUGGCUGCUGCUGUGCAGCCUGCUGAGGUGACUGUUGAAGUUGGUGAGGACCUCCACAUGCACCACAUCCAUGACCGGGAGAUGCCUGAAGCUUUGGAGUUUAACCCUUCUGCCAAUCCAGAGGCAAGCACAAUAUUCCAUGGGAACUGUCAAACAGAUGACAAGUCAGCUCAGGGGAUUCAGCAGGGCACGGGCCUUGGCCCGCAGCCCCAGCCGGGGCCAGGGCCGGGCUGUAAGGACAGCCCUGAGUUUGACCAGCCGCAGGGGUCAGUGUGCCCCUCUAAGUCCGACAUCUAUGAGGCAGGAGCUGGGGACAGGAUGGCAGGAGCUGGGGACAGGAUGGCAGGAGCUGGGGACGGGAUGGCAGGGGUGCCUAUGGCUGCUGCUGUGCAGCCUGCUGAGGUGACUGUUGAAGUUGGUGAGGACCUCCACAUGCACCACAUCCAUGACCGGGAGAUGCCUGAAGCUUUGGAGUUUAACCCUUCUGCCAAUCCAGAGGCAAGCACAAUAUUCCAUGGGAACUGUCAAACAGAUGCUUUGGAGUUUAACCCUCCUGCCAAUGCAGAGGCAAGCACAGUAUUCCAGAGGAACUCUCAAACAGAUGUUAUAGAAAUAAGAAGAAGCAACUGUACAAACCAUGUAUCUACUGUGCGUUUCAGUCAACAAUACAGCUCAUGUUCAACAAUACUCCUUGAUGACAACACAGCCAGCCAGCCUUAUCUUACAAUGACAAUAAUAUCAGUGACCUUGGAGAUACAUCAUGAUAUCACGCAAAGGCACCACCCUGAAUGCCCCACCUAUCCCAUGGAGGCUGCAAACUGCUCUGCAGAGCCAGGGUCUCCAGGAAUGGGGAGGACAGUCACCCUCAACCCACUUGUGUUCAUGACCCAAAGCACUGCCCAGGUCUCCAGGCCCAUAGAACCCCCUUACCGGGCCACACUGGGGACCUUGAGCAGCAGGCUUGGAAUCCUAGGCCUUGUCUCCAG